AUGGUCCUGCUGACGCUCCUGUCCCAGCCCUGUGCGGGGCUCCAGCCCUAUGACCUCCUGUACGACAGCGCAGUGACCGCGUUCUACCGCAGCGACUACUCUGCCGUGGUGCGCCACAUGGAGGCGGCUCUCAGCAGCUUCUCCACGCUGCGCAGCUGCAGGGUCCGGUGCCGGCUCAGCUGUCAGGAGCAGCAUCCGUUUGAGGUCCACUUCAGCGACCUGCGCCUCUUCAACACUGUCCUGCGCAGAGCAGCGUGCAUCAACGCCUGCACAGAGGAGACCGUAGGUGCGCAGUCUAUGCACAAAGUCAGCGAGGAUGUCCUGCAGGACUUCAACAGGCGCAUCCCCUACAACUACCUACAGCUGGCCUAUCAGAAGUUGAAGAUGCCAGACAAAGCGGCAGCAGCGGCACACACGUAUUUCCAGGCCAAUCCAGAGCAUGUGGAGAUGGGACAGGACCUGGAGCAGUACAAAGACCAGAGGGGCGUGCGGCCGGAGCACUUUGUGGACAGAGAGGCUCGUUUGCAUCAGCGCUACUUCACAGAUGCCGUGAAGCUGUAUGACAAAGGAGACUAUGAGGCGGCCAUUGUUCUGUUUGAAGAGGCUCUGGUGGAAUACUUUAAAGCGGACGCAGAGUGCCGGGCUUUGUGCCAGGGGCCACAGAAGUUUGAGAACCACGAUCACCUGCGCUAUCGCUACAGUCUCCACGAGCUCGUAUCCGACCACUUCACUCAGGUGUUGCACUGUGAACAUGAGUGUGUCCGAGACUUGGCCACUCGACCUGGACGCCUCUCACCGAUGGAGAACUACCUGCCUCUCCACUAUGACUACCUGCAAUUUGCCUACUACCAGACUGAGUGGUUUGAGGAGGCCCUGCAGUGUGCCCUGACUUACCUUUUGUUCCACGAAGGAGAAGAGUUUAUGACAGAAAAUGUGGACUACUACAGGGAAGUGCUGGAACACGACAGAAAGCCACGAGAGGAAGCUGCAUGGUACCUCAGGAGACACAAACAGGAACUUGAACUACUUGUCAUGGGCAGUGAAAUCAUGGGAGCCGACUUCACAGAAGGGAAUUACUGGAGUGGCACCGGUGGAAGAGAUGACUCAAGCAGAAUUCCCUCGGGUACUGGCGGUGGGAUGGAAUAUGUUCCUAUUUCAGACAAAAAGAAUAUCUCUUCAGCUGUUUUACGAAAGCAAGAAGGUGGCCCUCUGGUGUAUGACCAUGUGCGGCUGGUCAAGAACUCAGCUGCUCUGAAUGGAUCGCAGAGAGUCCUUUUGGACGGUGUCAUCUCCGAGGAAGAGUGUUCGGAGCUCAGACACUUGGCAAAUUCUGUCACAAUGGCUGGAGAUGGUUACAGAGGACGGAUGUCACCACACACACCAAAUGAGAAGUUUGAGGGAGCCACGGUACUCAAAACUCUACAGUACGGAUACGAGGGUAGAGUACCUCUGAAAAGUGCAAGACUAUUUUACGAGGUCAGCGAACGGACAAGAAAGAUCAUCGAGUCCUACUUUCUUCUGAACUCAACAUUGCAUUUCUCAUACACACAUUUAGUUUGUCGCACAGCCAUCACAGGUCAACAAGAUCAUAGGAAUGACCUGAGUCACCCCAUUCAUGCUGAUAACUGUCUGUUGGAUCCUGAAGCCAAUGAGUGCUGGAAGGAGCCACCUGCAUACACGUACAGAGACUAUAGUGCAUUACUGUAUCUGAAUGGAGAUUUUCAUGGAGGAGAAUUUAUUUUUACUGAAAUGGAUGCCAAAACAGUCACGGCCUCAGUGAAGCCCAAGUGUGGUCGCAUGGUGGGCUUCUCUUCAGGAGGAGAAAAUCCACACGGUGUGAAGGCCGUGACCAAUGGACAGAGGUGUGCUGUGGCAUUAUGGUUCACCAUGGACCCGCUUUUCAGAGAACUGGAGAGGCUGCAGGCUGAUGAGGUCAUCCAAGCCCUGGACACACAGUCAGUGUGGGCACACAGUCUCACCAUCAACCCUAAAGAUGAACUAUAG